AUGGACCAAUCAAUUCCUUGCGAGACGAAAACUGCUCCAAACCCAACAAUUACUGUGCAGCACGAGGCAAAUGGUGCACCGACCAGAGAGCCGCCAACGACGUCGCCACCACAAAUGGUGCCUGUAAUUGGUCAGACUGGAAUUAUGGCGCCACCUGGGAUGAUGGCCCCAAUAACUUGCCAGCCUGGUGUGAUGCCGCAAAUGCAAGGAGGGGUUCAAUAUGUGACCCCUGGUGGUUGCGCACCACCGCAUUACUACGAUGGAAGCGAGCACUUUCAAAUGCAGCCAGCGAUCACUGUACAACCAGGCGUUCCACUGCCGCCAGGUCCUUUAGUGCAACCACAACCAGUUGCCGUCAUGCCAACAAUUCAAGAAAUUCCCGGAGUGCCUUCAGGUUUAGAAUAUUUGAGCUACAUCGAGGCAAUUCUAAUCCAUCAGAUCGCCGAUAUUCUCGAAAUGGUUUCAAAUUGGGAGAUAUCGAAUCGAUACGUGUUGAAGAAUUCCAACGGCCAACAAGCAUUCUACGCGUUCGAGGAAUCGGAAUUCUGUGAGCGGCAGUGUUGCGGACCAGUGAGAGGAUUCACAAUGCACAUCGUCGAUAACUUCAAGAGGGAAGUCCUGACACUUCGUCGCGAUUUCAAAACGGCAAUCGCCUUCGGCUGCGGCGCUUGUGCAUGCUCGAGAAGCUGCCAAAACGAGUGCACAAUUUCGUCGCCAUCGGCCGGAUUGUUGGGAACGAUUCGUCAGCGCUUCGAAUGCUGUCAAGGCGAUUUCGUUGUCAUGGAUUCGGACGGCGUUGAAAUAUUCCAGAUUAUUGGUCCAUGCUGCUGCCAGCUACUCUCAUGUUCAGAUAAAAAGUUUAACAUCAGAACAAUGAACAAUGGGAACAUUGGGGCGAUAACGAAGAAAUGGGGAGGAUUCGCUCGCGAACUUUUCACCGAUGCCGACACAUUUUCAGUCAAUUUUCCAAAAGAUCUCGACGUGAAAUUGAAGGCAGUUCUUCUUGGAGCCACUUUUUUGAUUGAUUUCAUGUACUUCGAAGAAGUCAAACAGCGAUAG